AUGUCGACGUCAGCUCGUUUGCGUCUUUUGGCAAUUGGCGCCGUUUUAUCGCUAUUGUCGAUAUUCCAGAUGGGCUACGCGACAGCUUUCCCAAAUACGGCAAUCGACGCGUUUCGCGAUUACAUCAACGAGACUGUCGCCGACUAUGGCUACACUCUGAGCACGGAGACCUUCUCCUGGGUAUGGUCGGCAAUUCUGGACACGUGGUUCGUCGGGUUCGCCGUCGGAAGUUGCCUGGCCCCCAUAUUGGCCGACCGGAUGGGCCGAAAAUCCGGUCUCCUCGCCGGCAACGCGCUGAAUGCCGUGUCGGCCGGGCUGAGCUUCUGCGCCGUCACGUGGCCAUCGUUGGUGCUAUUUUCGAUCUCGCGGCUGCUCUUCUCGCUGGCGGCGGCCAUAUCGAUGAACUGUCUGAUUCUGCUACUACAGGCCCGUUCAUGUAAACAAUUGUUGUCGAGUGAAGCAUCCCCGGUGUCAAUGCGUGGCGUCAUGUCCUUUUACGCGGAGAUGGCAUUCGUUGUCACGAAUCUGUUCGGCGGGAUGGCGGGGAUGAGGAGCAUCCUUGGCACCAAUCUGCCGAUGCUGACUGGAGUGGCCGUCGUGCUCGCUGUCGCCUCAGUUCUUGUCGUAAUUCCGGUUGCUGAAAGCCCUCAAUUCCUGCUCAAUAAACGAAACGAUACCGAGGCGGCGGCAAAAGCCUUGUUUUUCUAUCAACGAGUUGCCCCGGUCGAAGAGGAAUGUCUCGACAAAGGAGCGGAAAACGAGGCCGCCGGCUCGAUAAUGGAGAUUUUUAGGACUCCCCAUUUACGCAAAGGCCUUCUGCUGGGACUCUGCGCUCUACAGGUCGCCGUCUCAAUCUGGCCCAUCGUAUUUUUCUCCACCGAUCUGCUACGUCGGGCCGGGAUCGAUGACGAUCUCUCGGAACUCGUCUCAACAAUUAUGCUUUUUACCAGCACACUCUGCACAUGCGUCGGGAUGGUGCUCGUCGAAAAAAUUGGCCGCCGCACCCUGUUGAUAAUUUCGUCACUUGUCAACAUUUCGGCGCUGCUCCUGUUUGUCGUUUCGGCCGAGAUUACGCCCUUCUACAGUCACGCUAACAUCGGGUGCAUUGUUGCGAUUAUGGCUCAUGGCGGCAGUUACAGUAUUGCGCUAGGCCCGAUCGCAUGGUUUAUAGUGUCCGAAUUGAUGCCGAUAAAUGUGCGUGCCACCGGACAGUCGCUAGCCUUGGCCGUAAAUCAGACGAUUGCGUUGUUGCUUGUAACUGUGACGUUGCCACUUCAUGACCGCAUUGGUGCUUGGUCUCUGUUGAUCCUGUUCGUCGUGCCGGGCACCCUGGCACUGAUCGCCAUCUAUCGAUACCUUCCCGAGACCAGGGCCACACCUAUCGAUCAUGUCAUAUUGGCGCUAAAGGGCAUCAAGCUCCCGGCGGACGCCCUCGAGCUCGACUCGCCGAGGAAAACGUUGAACAAGAGCAAAAUUUAUGAAGCCGAA